AUAAAAAAUAACCUACAAAUAUCGGUAGGUAUGUUUUGUAAACAAACAUUUGGUUAGUGUGAUUAAAGUCUAUUUCUCAUUUGCAGUAGCCUAUACAAAGUGUUAUAUUUAGUUACUAAUAUGACUGAAGAUGUUAAUAUAUCAAAACCCGAGGAAUAUGCUUACCUCGAUCGCGGGGGAUUUUCUUCGGAAAAGUUUAAAAUUGAACUUCGUGGACUUCCAAAGUUCUACGGAAUAGCGGAGUUAAAGAAAUUAAUGAACCAAAAAUUGAAUCUUAACGUGAGUAAAAUAAAAAGACAGAAAGCUGGAAAUCAUUGGCUGUAUGCUUGCUUUCAAAACAAUGAAGAUCGUCAACAAGCUAUCACAGCACUAAACGGAUAUCAAUGGAAAGGAAAAUCCCUCAUUGCUGAUAUUGCUAAACCUGCACCGGAUCCUCUUGUUAAACGUAAACAAGAAGCAACACAAAAUGCUAAGAGACAAAAGACAGACCAUGAUGAAUCAAAAAGUCAAGAAGAAAGGUUAAAAGAUGCUGUUACACCUUAUUGGAAUUUGCCUUAUGAGGAGCAGCUCCAGUUAAAAUUCAAAGAUAUCAAGCAAAUUCUUAGUCGUUUCGAUAACGAUCUUUGGAAAAUUGAUAGAAGUAAACGUAACAGUAUUGAAGCCAAUAGAAAAAUAUAUGAUGGAUUAAGCUUUGAAUUGCAAUCUAUUCUAAAAUCACCAGUAAUUGAUGGGUACAGAAACAAGUGUGAGUUCUCUAUUGGUAUUGACGAGGAGACUAAGGAGUGGACUGUUGGAUUCCGAUUAGGGUGUUACGGCGCAGGCUCUGUUGCUGUUGCUCCAGUGGCAACAUUAAAUCAUAUAUCUGCAGAAAUGAAAACCGCAGUUUUGCUGUUUCAAAAGUUUGUUCGGAAGUCUAAUAUGCCACCAUACAGUCCAGUAGAUUAUACUGGAUAUUGGAAGUGCCUAACUGUGCGACAGUCAACACAAAACAAGGAUGUUAUGAUUAUUGUAUCUAUAGAGCCACAGAGCCUAACACAAGAGGAAACAGAGAAAUUAAAAUCUGAUUUGGUUGAAUACUUCAGUUCAGAAGAAGCGGUGCUAUGUGGAAUUAAAUCUGUUUACUUGCAGCUUUUAUCUAAGAGGAGGGCUGGAGAAAAUGCAGCGAAGCCGAUACAUUUGUCAGGGCUGACACAUCUCACUGAUUCUAUACUUGGGCGCCAAUUCAUGAUAUCGCCGGAAGCAUUUUUUCAGAUAAACACAGCGGCGGCAGGCAUUCUGUACCAGAGUGCGAUCGAGCUGAGUCACGUGACCGAGGACUCGACCCUCGUGGACGUGUGCUGCGGUACUGGAACCAUCGGACUCUGCUUCGCUAAGCAUUGCGGCCGAGUCCUUGGUCUGGAGUUAGUGGAGCAGGCCGUGGCGGACGCUCGGACCAAUGCCCAACUGAACCAGAUCGAUAACUGCGAGUUCUUCGCGGGCAAGGCGGAGCACACGCUGCCGGCGGUACUCGCGCGCGCCGUACACGGUGACGUCAUCGCCGUCGUCGAUCCGCCGCGAGCCGGUUUGCACAUGAACGCAAUCACAACGCUCCGUAACAAUGAACAAGUGAAGCGGUUGAUAUACAUAUCGUGCAGUCCGGCGUCAGUCGUCAAGAACUUCGUGGACCUGUGCCGAGCCUCCUCCAAGACGCUGAAGGGCGCUCCUUUCCACCCAGUACGAGCGGUGCCAGUCGACAUGUUCCCUUACACGAAGCACGUCGAACUCAUUGUGCUCUUUGAGAGAGCAGCAGCCGAUCCCAAACCGACAGAAGCAAAUAGUGAGGUAAUUUCUGAAAAUACAGUGGAAGAAAUGGUCGUUGAAGAUAAAUCUACGGAAAAUGCCACAGCUGUUGAAAAUGUAAAUAAUGUAUAAGAUCAUUUUAUUAAAAUUGUAAUUUGUUAUAAUAUGUACCUCGUGUAUAAUAUAUUUUGAUUGGAUAUU